GCCAUGGUGGGAUCCGGCUAGACCAGAGAAGAAAAGGAGCCCCCGGGGAAGGGGCGGUCCCGCCCCGGCCCGUCUGCCCCGCCACGGAUUGGCCCCAAGCCGCUAUAUCUGUGCUCCCGCCCUGUGCGAAGGUAGCGCAUCUACACAGUCUUCGCCAGCCAUCUGUCUGUUCUUGGUGCCUGGCUUCGCAGUGCCCGUCACUGUCCUCCGCGCACCCGCGCCACGUUCUGCCCAGGUCUUGCCCAGCUGGAAUGCAGAAAUCGCCGCCUGGUUACCGCGCACAGGACCACCCGCCCUCCCGCCUCGACUGUGCAUGGGCCCCUGGAGCCGGGGCCACCUCUGAGCCGGGCGGUCUCCCUGCUGCCAGCGUCUCGACGGCCGCGCCUGCCUCGCCGACCAGCCCGCAGCGGAGCCCUCCGCGCAGCCCAGAGUCGGGGCACUAUGGCAUUGGCCGCGGAGAGCGCCAGACGGCCGACGAGUCACGCAUCCGGCGACCCAUGAACGCUUUCAUGGUGUGGGCGAAGGACGAGCGCAAGCGGCUGGCGCAGCAGAAUCCGGAUCUGCACAACGCGGUGCUGAGCAAGAUGUUGGGUAAAGCGUGGAAGGAGCUGAACGCGGCGGAGAAGCGACCCUUCGUGGAAGAGGCCGAACGGCUGCGCGUGCAGCACUUGCGCGACCAUCCUAACUACAAGUACCGUCCCCGCCGCAAAAAGCAGGCGCGCAAGGCCCGGCGGCUGGAGCCUGGCCUCUUGCUUCCGGGCCUCGUGCCCCCACAACCGCCGCCGGAGCCCUUCCCCGCCGCGCCGGGCACGGCCCGCGUCUUUCGCGAGCUGCCUCCUCUGGGAGCGGAGUUUGAUGGCCUGGGGCUACCCACGCCAGAGCGCUCGCCGUUGGACGGCCUGGAGCCUGGCGAGGCCGCCUUCUUCCCGCCGCCUUCAGCUCCCGAGGACUGCGCUCUGCGGGCUUUCCGUGCACCCUAUGCCCCCGAGUUAACCAAUAAUCCGGGCACCUGCUACGGGGCACCAGUCGCUGAGGCGCUCAGGACCGUGCCGCCCGCCGCGCCGCUCACAAGUCUCUACUACAGCACCCUGGGCACACCUGUUCCGUACGCCUGCCCCCUGUCGCCGCCGCCCGAGGUCCCGCCGCUGGAGGGCGCCGAGCCACUGGGUCCCACUGCUGAUCUUUGGGCCGAUGUGGACCUCAACGAGUUCGACCAGUACCUCAACUGCAGCCGGACUCGGCCAGAUGCCACUACGCUCCCGUACCACGUGGCGCUGACCAAACUGGGUCCUCGAGCCAUGUCCUGUCCGGAGGAGAGUAGCCUCAUCUCUGCACUGUCCGAUGCCAGCAGCGCCGUCUACUACAGUGCCUGCAUCUCUGGCUAGGUGCCACCCCUGUCCUCUAUUGCUUUCUCAUGCGGCCAAGUGGCCUGGCCCUGCCUGCUCUCUUGUGGAUGUAUGUUUGACUAUGCAGCAGCCUUAGGAACUGGUGGCCUGCAGAUCCCAUUCCCACCUUCUCCUCCAACUUUUACUGUAGGGUCCCUGCUGGUGGCUCCUUCGUGUUGGGGCUUCCCCAGAAAGCUCAGGCCUAGGGUCUGUUGGCUGGCUCUGUCAGGGUUUUUUUGAAGCACGUAAUUCUUAUCCUACAGUGUGUAUUUCCUAGAACCAGAUUGUAUUUUUUACUUUGCCCCUUUUUAUAUACAUAAUACAAUAUAUUUAAUUUUUAAUUAAACUUUUUCUUCCAAAGGA